UUCUGGCUGCAGAGUGAAUCUGAUUUGAUGGUGCCAUUUUCCAAUGAACCCUCCCCAGCUGUGUGAGUGUGAAUCUAGCGGAAAUCCCUGCCUUCCCAUGCCCGGAUACUGCCUGCAAAAGCUUUUCCCACUCUGAGCAGAGAGAGAAGCAGGGGAGGAAAUAUGCAGCGGGGGAAGCCAGACGGAUUUUGCAAAGCUGCAGACAUGUCUCUCCGUCCUCUCUCCUAGCUGCUGGGGGGGUGCGGAUGGUUUGGCAUUGGGGGCUUGAGUUGCUCAGUUCAGGGACUAAAAAUCCUGUUGUUUUUUUUUUUUGUCCCCCCCCACCUUCCCCUUCUGGCUGUGGGAGUUGGUCAGUUUCGCAAGAGGAAAUCGACUAAAGGCACAGAUCCAGCCAGCAUGUGGGCCCGACGCCUUACUCCCGGGCCGCGUCUCUAGCAGGGCCAGGGGUCCUCCCCUGCUGGUGCAGCCAUGCCGCCGCGGCCGUCGUCCGGGGAGCUGUGGGGGCUGCACCUCAUGCCCCCCCGGAUCAUGGUGGAUUGCUGCCUCCCCAACGGCAUGCUGGUCACCCUGGAGUGCCUGCGUGAGGCCGCGCUGCUGGGCAUCAAACACGAGCUCUUCCGAGAGGCCCGGAAAUACCCCCUCUUCCACCUGCUGCAGGACGAAUCCUCCUACAUCUUCGUGGGGGUGACCCAGGAGGCCGAGCGGGAGGAGUUCUUCGACGAGUCCCGGCGGCUGUGUGACCUGCGGCUCUUCCAGCCCAUCCUCAAGGUCAUCGAGCCGGUCGGCAACCGGGAGGAGAAAAUCCUCAACCGGGAGAUCGGCUUCGCCAUCGGGAUGCCCAUCUGCGAGUUCGAGCUGGUGAAGGACCCCGAGGUGCAGGAUUUCCGCCGCUCCAUCCUGGCCGUGUGCCGCGAGGCCGUGGAGACGCGGGAGGCCGGCGGGCCCCACAGCCAGGCCCUCUACGUCUACCCCCCCAACGUGGAGUCCAGCCCCGAGCUGCCCAAACACGUCUACAGCAAGCUGGACAAGGGCCGGCUGAUGGUGGCCGUGUGGGUGAUCAUCUCGCCGCAGCUGGAGAAGCAGAAAUACACCCUGGCGGCCCCGCACGACGCGCGGCCCGGCCAGGUGAUCGCCGACGCCAUCCGCAAACGCAGCCGCAGCCUGCACCUGGCGCCCGAGCAGCUCCAACGCUGCCUGCAGGAGUACCAGGCCCACUACCUGCUCAAGGUGUGCGGCGCCGACGACUACCUGCUGCAGGAGUGUCCGCUCAGCCAGUACAAGUACAUGAGGAACUGCAUCGCCGUGGGGCGCCUGCCCCACCUCAUGCUCAUGUCCAAGGAGAGUCUGUACAGCCAGCUGCCGGCCAACGUCUUCCUGCUGCCCUCCUACGCCCGCCGGGCCGGCCCCGGCGCCCAUGCCAAUGGGGACCUGCCCGCCACCUCCCUCUGGUCCGUCCCCAGCUUGCUGAGCAUCCGCGUGCUGUGUGCGACCUCCCCAAAUGGCUCCUUCUCUCCCAUUUCCCAGAUCUACGUCCGGACGGGGAUUUACCACGGCGGGGAGCCCCUCUGCGACAAUGUCAACACCCAGCGCGUUCCCUGCUCCAACCCCAGGUGGAACGAAUGGCUCUCGUACGACAUCUACCUCGCCGACCUGCCCCGUGCUGCCCGCCUCUGCCUCUCCAUCUGCUCCGUCAAGGGCCGCAAGGGGGCGAAAGAGGAACACUGCCCCCUGGCGUGGGGGAACGUCAAUCUCUUUGAUUACAAAGAUACCUUGGUGGCUGGGAAGAUGGCGCUGAACCUGUGGCCGGUGCCCCACGGCCUGGAGGACUUACUGAACCCCAUUGGUGUGGGGGGCUCGAACCCUAACAAAGAGACCCCCUGCCUGGAGCUCGAGUUCACCGGGUUCAGCCACGCGGUGAAGUUCGCCGAUGAGGCGCAAAUCGAGGAUCACGCGAACCGGAGCAUGUCGCGGGAGCUGGGCCUCAACUGCUGCCUCACGGGACUGAGCAACCGCCUGGCCCGGGACAGCAGCCUGCUGGAGAACGAACUGGAGCAUCUCCGCAGCAUCUGCCACCGCGACCCCCUGUCGGAGAUCACCGAGCAGGAGAAAGACUUCCUCUGGAGGCACCGCCAUUACUGCGUGAACAUCCCAGAGACGCUGCCCAAGCUGCUGCUGUCCGUCAAGUGGAAUUCGCGGGACGAGGUGGCUCAGAUGUACUGCCUGCUGCGGGAAUGGCCCCUCAUCGAGCCGGAGCUGGCCAUGGAGCUGCUGGACUGUAACUUCCCCGACCCCCGGGUGCGGGAGUUCGCCCUCCGGUGCCUGGUCCAGGGGCUGACGGACGACAAGCUGAGCCAGUACCUCAUCCAGCUGGUCCAGGUCCUGAAGUACGAGCAGUACCUGGACAACCCGCUGGCCCGGUUCCUGCUCCGGAGGGCUUUGACCAACCAGCGCGUCGGCCACUUCUACUUCUGGCACCUCAAGUCAGAGAUGCACAGCAGGACGGUGAGCCGGCGGUUCGGGCUGAUGCUGGAGGCGUUCUGCCGGGGCUGCGGGAUGUACCUGAGACACCUCAACCGGCAGGUGGAGGCGAUGGAGAAACUCGUCAACCUGACGGACACCCUGCGGCAGGAGAAGAGAGACGAGACCCCGAAGAUGCAGAUGAAGUUCCUGGUGGAGCAGAUGAGACGCCCGGAUUACAUGGAAGCUUUGCAGGGCUUCGUCUGCCCCCUGAACCCUGUCCACCAGCUGGGCAAUGUCCGGCUGGACGAAUGCAGGAUCAUGUCGUCGGCCAAGCGGCCGCUCUGGCUGAACUGGGAGAAUCCGGACAUCAUGUCGGAGCUGCUCUUCACCAACCAUGAGAUCAUCUUCAAGAACGGGGAUGGUGAGGGGGGGCUGCGGGUCGGGAGUGAGGGGCGCGGGCUGCAGAUUAUCCGGAUCAUGGAGAACAUGUGGCAGAACCAAGGUCUGACCGUCUCUGGACUGGAGGGGGACCUCCGGAUGCUGCCCUACGGCUGCCUGUCCAUCGGGGACUGCGUGGGGCUGAUCGAGGUGGUGAAGAGCUCCCACACCAUCAUGCAGAUCCAGUGCAAGGGCGGCCUGAAGGGGGCGCUGCAGUUUAACAGCCACACCCUGCACCACUGGCUGAAGGACAAGAACAAGGGGGACAGUUACGACGCGGCCAUCGACCUGUUCACCCGCUCGUGCGCCGGGUACUGCGUGGCCACCUUCGUUCUGGGCAUCGGCGACCGUCACAACAGCAACAUCAUGGUGAAGGACGACGGGCAGCUCUUCCAUAUCGACUUCGGCCACUUCCUGGACCACAAGAAGAAGAAGUUCGGCUACAAGCGGGAGCGGGUUCCCUUCGUCCUCACCCAGGACUUCCUCCUCGUCAUCAGCAAAGGGGUGCCGGAGUGCACCAAGACCAAGGAGUUCGAGAGGUUCCAGGAGAUGUGCUACACGGCCUACCUGGCCAUCCGGCACCACGCCAACCUGCUGAUCAGCCUGUUCUCGCUGAUGCUGAGCUCGGGGCUGCCGGAGCUGCAGUCCUUCGACGACAUCGCCUACCUGCGCAAGACGCUGGCGCUCGACAAGUCGGAGCCGGAGGCGCUCGAGUACUUCACCAAGCAGAUGAACGAAGCCCACCACGGCGGCUGGACCACCAAGAUGGACUGGAUCUUCCACACCAUCCGCCACAUGCCCCUCAGCGAGGCCGGGCACGACUGAGGGGCCCCGCCCCCUCGGCUCGGGGCCCCGCCCCCGCGGCUCGGGGCCCCGCCCUUCCUGGGGGCUCAUGCCCCACCCGCCACCCAACCCUCGCUUCUUGGGCGUGUGGCUGAGGCCGGGGCGGAGCCAGGUCCCUGAGCCCCGCCCAUGCUGGAGGGGGGUGGGCUGUCAGCGACACCGGGGGGGGGAGGGGGCAGGGUGUCUCCCACUUGGGGGGGGUGUCUCCCAGGAGCACAGGCCCCGCCCUUCUUGCCUGGGCUCUGUUGCUCCUCCCCCGGGAGGAGGACCCAUCAGCCCCUCCCAUCCUUGGGCGGGGUGGGCGUAGACACUCACGCCUGCUAGGGGCAGAGGGUGCGGCCAAGCACUUAAGCCCCUCCCCCUUGGGCGGGGCCUGGGGUGAGUCCCGCCCCUUCUGGGUGUGCCCAGGGGAAGGGGGCCUUCCAGCUCCAUCCUUUUCACAGGAGGAAGUGAGGGGUGGGGUCAAAUGCAUUGUGCCCCUCCCCUCAGGGGGGAGGGCAGAAGCCGGAGAGCCUUAAGCCCCCUCCCCCUGUGGGGGGACUGCACUGAGGGGGCGGGGCAAAGAGGGGGUGAACCGUCCCCCGGAGAUUCCUGCUGGUUGCAGGGGCUGGAGGGGAGUCCUGCCCCCUUGACCUCUGACCCCCUUGGUCUUUCGGGGGGACAGUCAAGGGGGAUUUAACUCCCUUUUUGAGGGCGAAAGAGCUUGGGUCCCCCUCCCCCAAAAUCCUCCAGUGCACCUGAGCACCCAGACCCCGCCCGCUCUGAUACUUGAAUCCUGCCCCCCCCCCAAUCUGCUGGGGGUGGGGCAGAUACUUGAAAUUUUUGCCUGGAGAAUUUUUUUGUUCUUGUUGCAAAAAUACAAUUUUUUAAAAAGCCCGAACUGGCCCUGAACUGUGGGGGAUGGGGGGGGGGGCUCUGCACGGGGGGGCUGGUACCCGUGGGGCCAGGGGCCGUGCCCCAUUCCCCGCCCCCCCUGUGCAAGAGAAAUCUGGAGGGGGGGUUCAGGGUCCCCUGGAAAUAGACACAGGGAGCUGUAGCAUCCAUUUUUAUUCAGCUUUCCGGCUCCAGGGGUGGGAGGGGCAACACCUGCCCAGCUGGACUGGUCUGAGGGGGACCCCCCC